CGUGUGCAAAGGGCGCACCCGCACCCUUUGAAAGGAGGGAACUUUCAGACGCGUCUCUAUGGAAACCAUACUGCAGGAAGUAACCUGUAUGCGAGCGAUGUCUCGAGCUGCAAUCCAGCCCCUCCACAUAGGGGCCACGGCCCCAGAAACCUUGUCCAUAGUGCAGCAGCACCUCCUGGUGGCAGAGGAGCAGACAGAGGCGCUCAUCGAAGACAUGGGGUCCCUGGGGGUCCCGUGUGAGCAGCUCCUGGAUUCCCCUGCCUUGGGGCAGGACGGCUGCCAGCGACCUGUGAGCCCAGUGCGGGUUUGGCCGGCAGCGGGGGGCUUGGGCGGCUUGGGGGGCGCGGCGGCUCUGUGGCGCAGCUGUGAGGCGCUGGUGAGUCGCAUGUGUCGCCUGGAGAGCAUUUUGCACUCGCUCAAACUCACCACCUUCCGCCUGGAGACGGAGAGACAGCUGAAUCCUUCUAACUCCGCGCAUGUGAUGGAGCAGCUGUCUGCUCUGCAGAGGGAGAGUGAGGAGGAGCAGCGGGCGGCUCGGAAGGAGGUGUUGCGGGUUCAGGACCAGCUGUGGCAGGCAUGCCAGGAGCGGGACGAGGCCCUGGAGGAGGCGCAGAGGCUGAGGGAGGAGCUGGAGGUUGCCACCACUUCCAAGAUGGACGUGGCUCUGGCUGCGGAGGAUCUGAAGGUGAUCAAGGUGCAGAUGACUGAGAAGCUGUUGGAGCUGAAGUUGCAACUGUCUCAGGAAUCAGACUGCCGCUUAGAGGCACAGCAAAUCCACAGUGCUUUACUGCAGAGGGUGAAGGAGAUGGAGGGAGUGGUGGAGUUGGAAAGAGAACAGGUGCAGGUCCUGCAGGCGGACUGCCAGGCCCUGCAGUGUGAGAGACAGGACGUCCGGCGGGCGCUGAAGGAACAGGCGGAGCGAGCUGGUCAGCUGGAGAAACAGUGCCAGCAGCUCAGGGACAAAGCCGAUGUCAAGGAUUCCAUCAUUUCCCAGCUGACUGAUGAAGUGAAAAUUGCCCAUCUGGCCCUCCAAAGACUGCAGCAAGAGAACAGCAGGCUACAGAAGGAUGACAACCUGAAAACAGCAGCAGAAAAAGUACAGAGCCUGAACGUGCAGCUGGAGGGUCAGUGUUCAGAGCUGAACGCCGCUCUGCGCUCCCUGGCUGUGGAGAACGCCCGACUUGUAUCUGAGCACCAGGCAGAGCUUAAGGCAGAGCGGGAGCGUGUGCUCCAGCAGCUCCAGGAGCAGGACUUGCUUCUGGACGCCGCGCGGCGCAACAUCCAGGCGGAGCUGCAGGGGGCGCUGAAGGAUCGGCUCAGACUGCAGCAGGAUCUCGAUACCUUGCGGCGCGACCACGAGCAGCUGCAGCAGAGCUCCAGGGUUGCCCAGGAGACGGCUGGCGCUCAGAGGGAGCGCUUGGAGAGUACAAUCGAUAGGCUUCGGGCCGAGCUGAGCGGUGCUGGGAAGGAGGGAGAGGCCGCAAAGAGAGAGAGGGAAUGCGCGCUGGCUGAGAUGCAAAACAGAGUGAGCAAGCUGGAGAAGGAGAGGAGUUCUCUGCAGACACAGCUGACCAAAGCCAAGUCCAGGGAGGUGCAACUGCAGCUUGAGUUGAACAGCCAGAAUGAGCCCAAACAGCAAGACAAAAAGAACAGCAUGCUGGAGAAGAAGUACGCAAAGGCCAGCGCUGAGCUCAGCUCGUGGAAGUUGAAGUGUCAGAAGCUGGAGCAGAAUCUGACACAGGUGGAGGCGUCUCUGGAGAGGAGGGAGAAGGAGCUCGCCCUGGCCAAAGCGGCUCGGGACGACGCCGUGCUGGAUUACCAGGCCCUCCGGGACCAGAUGGAGAGCCUGCAGGACCUGCACAGGAGCAAGGUGUGCCAGCUGGAGGGGCAGCUGGGGGCGAGGUGCCAGGACGGGGAAUGGGUGGCACAGACGCUGCAGGGCAUGCUGGCAUCCCACGCCCGUCAGAAGAGCAGCUCCGACAGCCUGCAGGCUGAGCUGGGGGGCAGAGAGGAGGAGGUCAUCACCCUGAAGACAGAGAGGGUACAGAUUCAGCAGGACGUAGAAAGGUUACAGACACAGGUGGAGAAGCUCCAACAUGAUCUAAUUGCAACAGACGCAGAGAUGGAGCCCUUGCGUAAGGCCCUGGAGACGGUCAGUCUGGACAACAAGCAGCUUGCCCAGACACUGGAACAGGCCCUGCUCGCCAAUAACCAGUUAGUAGGCCGGCUGAGCAGGGCCCAGGACCAGCAGGAGAACGUUCAGAGCCAGCACCGGCAGCUGCUCUCUCAGAGGGAGGCAGAACUAAGGGAUACCAGGGAGGAAGUGACAUGGCUGGCUGAUCAUCUGGAAUCUGUGAAGGAGCAGUUGAAGAAAGAGAGGAACGGUCAGAGGAGGGCGUCACACAGGGAGGUCACUGAGCUGAAGAAAGCUCUGGAUGAGGCAACUUCCAGAUCAGGUGACCUCUCCAGGGCCAAUCGGGAGCUACGGGAGAAGGUGGGUGAGCUGGAGAAAGCGGUGUCCAAUCAGAAAGCCCGAAACAAGGAUCUGAACACUCAGCUGAAGCAGUUUGUGGAGAGUCGGGCAGUUAUGGCCAGCUCACUGAGAAUGAAGGAGAUGGAGGAGGCUCUGAAGGGUCUGGAGAGCCUGAAGGACGAGUACCAGAGGAGAAAUAAUGAGCAGAGUCAGCUGAUCCAACGGUUCCAAUCUGAGCUGCAGCGUCUGACCUCCAGCCAGGAGGGGGAGCUGGAGACAGAAAGAGAACACCGCCUGGUGCUGCAGGAUAAGUGUCAGAGGCUGGAGGAGAACAUGAGGCAGCUGAGGCGGAGCAGAGACGAGGCGGAGGAGAGGCUGAGAGAGGCCAGCGUGGAGUCGCAGCAGAUCACUGAGAACCUCAUUGAAGCUCACAGCUGGUUCCGGUCCAAUUUCCACACCCUGAAGAAGGAACUGGGGAAGACCAAGAAAAAGAAGGAACUGGCAGCGAAGAAGCUUAGUUCCCUGGGGAACACAAAGGAGGGGACACUCAGUACAUCAACUGAUUGUGAAAAUGAGGACCAGAGCGAACCAAUCACCACGAGGCCGAAGCGGAACCACUGGACCUCCACGAUGCAGCGCCGGGAGACCAAGAGGGAGCUGGCCCACAUCUCGGGCCAAUACAGACUUACAGGACACAAGGACAGGCUGACGCACGGACAAACUGACAAAUGAGCGCUCGCCAAAGCGCUAACCCGGGGAAAGAAGCGCUCAGCUCUCAGAGCACACCUCAGGCAGAAACACAGACGCGCUAGCAUGUGGCAGUUUAAUAU